CCCCAAAUUGGCUUGAAAGCAGAGGAAUUUUCUACAAUGGCGAAUGCGGAGGUAGAGGCGGUAGACUUCGAGCCAGAGGAAGACGAUUUGAUGGACGAAGAUGUUGAUGCCACGUCAUCACCAACAAUACCUAAGCUCAAAUCUGCCAUCACUGGCGGCGGCUCAUCAUCAUCGGCUCCGAAGAAGACAAAAGGACGUGGUUUCCGUGAAGAAGCCGCUGAGGCUGACCGUAAUGCCCGCUUGUCUGCCCGCUUCGAUUCUCUCGAUACCGAUGGCGGUCCUGGUCCUGAACGAUCCAUUGAAGGAUGGAUUGUUUUAGUUACUGGGGUUAAUGAAGAGACACAAGAAGAUGAUCUUCAUAAUGAGUUUGGCGAGUUUGGAGAAAUCAAGAAUUUGCAUUUGAAUCUGGAUCGUCGGACUGGAUUUGUCAAGGGCUACGCAUUCAUAGAAUAUGAGAACUUUGAAGAAGCACAGAGAGCUAUAAAUGAAAAGGAUGGAGCUGAGUUUCUCACACAGACUGUACAUGUUGAUUGGGCAUUUAGCAGAGGUCCUUUCAAGAGGAGGAAUGCUAGGAGGAGAGAUCCGCGUGGCCAUCGUUCUAGAAGUCCCAGGCGGAGAUUCUAAUCAGUGUGCAUGUAUGCAAUGGUCAUUAGGCUUACUGGCAGUUUUUCCCCAAAUUGUUUGAUCGUGUCCUUAAUUAUGUGUAUGAUAUUACUUCGCUCACUCUCAGUUUUCUCCAACUUGUCUAUUUUAUCUUUCCUUGUGCGGACGGUAUUCAGAGCUUUCUCCAGCAGCAUUGCAUUUCCA